AUGUAAUAAUUAAACUAAAAAUUUUAAUAAUAUUUUAUAGAAUCAGAAUUACAAUGUUCACAUCAAAUUUUUGUUAUUUUAUCUAACUAUCUUAAGUGUGAAACGAGAGAGGAGGCUUAAAUGUUUCUAUUUAUUUUAUUAUAGAUUUUAAGGGGAAUAGAUUACAUGA